GUUUCAGAAUGAGCAAACUCGAUGAUUUGCUGGCCAAGAAAAAGACGGUUGUGCCCGUGCUGGACCUGAGUCGCAGCAACAUUCAAACCAAUGAGGAGUUCAAGCGGCUGUUCGAGAAGGUGCCCGACUACAAGAUGCGGCCCGUGAAGGUGCGCGCCGAGGAGAUCAAGAUCCGGGACAAGGACUACGCCUUCAAGAUGCCCAAGAAGGAGAUGCGCAAGCUGCUCAAAUCGAAUGGCGAGCGGGAGCCGCUCUACGUCUAUGCGGAUCCCGUGCCCACCGAAAUGAAGGAUGUGGUGCUCAUGGAGCUCUGCGCCGUGCCCAUCGACUGGAAGAUGCUCACGACGCUGCGGCCCAAGAACAAGCAGGAGGAGGAGUACUUCAGUCGCAUGGUGGAGAUGGGCAAGCUGGAGCUGAAGACCGAGGCCAGGGAUCGCCGCGAGUUUGCGCUGAACAGCGGCGUGAAGAAGCUCAAGAACAAGUCGGGCAUUGUGGAGACCAGACUGAUGACCUGCGAGUCCUGCGGCGAGGAGAUGUGUUGCGGCAAGUCCUGUGGCGACUUCAACUACGAUUUGUACAUCCGCGUGGAGGCUCGGGUCGUGAAGCCCAAGCCCGUGGCCAUGAGCACGAACAAAACCAAACUGAAUGGCCGCAAGAAGUCCUCGGUGGCUGGCACCAAAAUCAAGGUGAAGAAAUCCUCCAACACCAAGGGCACUUGA